UGAAAAUCUGAGCGGAAGUUUGUUUGUUUAGUGCCUCGUCACCGGAAGAAGAAGCUGUGACGUCAUGUGACACGGUGGAAUCCAACAUGGAGGACAUGUAUAUGAAGCCAGGUAACCAGGAGCGGGGUUGGAACGACCCCCCUCAGUUCUCCUACGGCCUCCAGAAGGCCCGCGGACCGCAGAGGAACCUCCUGAACAAGAGAGCGGCUCCACCAGCAGGUGUCGGAGCCCCGCCCAUGACCCCUCCCUCCUCCAAUCCUCUGGCUCCGCCUCCCAGUGGCGUGGCCCCGCCCCCUCUACCGCCAGCUCGUCCUCCUCCUCCUGGCUGUGAGGCCACGCCCCCUCCCCCUCUGGGACCAAUGAGAAGUCAGAGGGAGGCGGAUGGCAGCCAAUCAGAGAGCGAGCCUGACGUAGAGGCCGUGGUGUCGGUGUUGAACCGAGCGCUCGCCGCCUGCAGACCGUCCGUUAAGGAUCAGGUGUGUAGUGACGUGGCAAAGAGACUCCGCCUCCUGGAGGACAGCUGGAGGUCAGGGAAACUCAGCCUACCUGUGAGGAGACGCAUGGACGCCCUGUCUCUGGAGGUCCAGUCCUGUCGCUGGGACUCAGCUGAUGAGCUCCAUCGCUCUCUGAUGGUCGAUCAUGUGACUGAAGUCAGCCAAUGGAUGGUCGGUGUCAAACGACUCAUCGCUGAGACCCGGAGACUGGAUCCAGAACUCUUAGAACCACUUCGGAAACCUCCAGGUCCUGUCCAGGACCCUGCUGUACCAGAUCAGGACCCUGCUAUACCAGACCAGGACCCUUCAGUACCAGACCAGGACCCUUCAGUACCAGACCAGGACCCUGCAGGUCCAGACCAGGACCCCUCAGGUCCAGUCCAGGACCCUUCAGUACCAGUCCAGGACCCUGCAGGUCCAGACCCGGACUGUUAAUCCUGCAGGAAUUAGCAGGUUAUUUUUUUCUCCCAGCAAACUUUGACACUUUGAACCCAGACCAGGAUCUGGUGCUGAUGAGGCCCACAUUCACUGUCACACCUCAGCAGAGGGUCAAAGGUCAGAACCACAGGAGCAGGUAGGGGGUCAUGAUGGACACACAUCCUGUCUGGUCUCUAGACUCUGGACCCUGGACCCUGGACCCUGGACCCUGGACCCUGGACCCUGGACCCUGGACUCUGGACUCUGGACUCUGGACCCUGUAUCCUGUAUCUGUGGACUCUGGACUCUGGACCCUGUAUCCUGUAUCUCUGGACUCUGGACUCUGGACUCUCACCCUGUUCUGUAUCUCUGGACUCUGACAUCAUGUGGUGUUUCCCAGCAGAGCUCUCUGCGUCUCAGUAAACCUGAUGAAUCAUAAUAAAUCUCUUUUCUCUUCUUUCUACUCCG